GGUGUGAUGCCCGGUAUGGCCACUGCUCCACCUUACGCUUACAAUUAUUCCAAUACCCAAUACGUUCCACCCGCCCCGGCUCCAGUAAUGCCUGCUGGAGCAUAUUCUCCAAGCGUCGGUCCCAGUGGUGCUUAUCCACGCCAGCCUGGACAGGUUGCCUACAGUGGCCCACCUCAAACUGGGCAACAGUUCGUUACGCAAUCGGGAAAGCCGUAUGAAGUUGUGUAUGUGCAAGGAAAACCAAAGAAGAAAAAACUAAGUGGUCUGAAAAAUGCUGCAGUCGGACUGGCAUCUGGUAUGGCCGGAGGUUAUUUGAUGAGCCGGAUGUUCGGUGGUUUCGGUGGUGGCUGGGGUCGACCAUGUCACUUUGGUGGCAUGAGUCGUUGGGGUAGUUGGAGUUCGCUAUCGAGUUUGAGUUGGUCUGACUGA